AUGGGUCUGAAGGGGGCUUGGUGCUUCCCAUGGUGUAGGUGCCGGAGACCCCGGGCGACCCAGAGCGGAACAGGCCUGGAACCGGCUUCCCCUCCAGAACCCAGCCCCGCCACAGCCCCCUCCGUGGCCGGAGGACUGCCCUCCCCGGGGCCUGGGGCCUACCUAAGCCGGAAGGCUCGUCUCUCCUUCCGCCACCAGCUGCACGACGUGGCAUCGGCCAAUGACUCCACCAUCUGA